CACAGCUGUAGCGUAUCCCGUGCCGAUUUUGUCCGUUUUAUCUCUACUUUUAGCGGCUGCGCCCUGUGCUACGGCAUGCUGGCUUUGGAUUACUGAGUAUGCAUUGAAGGCAGUGUCAGUGAGAGUUGAUUACGAAGAGGACUUGAACUAAAUAAUUGAAGAAGAAUAGAAUGUACAUUGUCGCUGUUCCACAAUCACUCUUCAAACAUUGUUAGCGUUCAGUGUUUCGCACCUGUUCGGAGAGCAGCUAGCAAGGCCGCUGGCGGUCAGAAGUUCUGAACUCUCCGUGUUUUUUUAUCUACUAGUACCACUAGCGCACUGGCUCUUCUGCGAAGGACCAGCGACAACUGGAUACUGCAGUCGGCGCUUGAAGCGCGCAUUUACCCUGUGGCUUGUGUGUCCUUGGCUAGCUGGGAUUUGCUGACGAGCGUGAGGCGUAGUAUAAUAGUGCAUUGAGGAGCUGAGAAUUUGGCGAGUGCGAGUGCUGUUGUUGCCAAUCGGCGUCAUCCUCAGAGAAAUGAACGGCAGUCGUCGGAACGCCCAGGUUCUCGCUAAGCUGGACGACGUGCUGAAGAAGGCAGGGAACGAGAAAUGCGCCGAAUGCUUUGUGCCUGAUCCGGAGUGGGCCUCCACCAACCUGGGUGUAUUCCUCUGCAUACACUGUAGCGGUGUGCAUCGCAGACUAGGCGUACACAUCUCUCAGGUCAAGAGCCUCAAGCUGGAUGACAAGUCAUGGACGCAGGAAAUGGUUGAUAAUCUUGAGACGGUAGGGAACGUAGGAGCCAACGAGCACUGGGCUAAGCAUGUACCGUUAGCGUUCAAGCGACCCAGACCGGACGAAAGACCAGAUUCUGUACUUCGCGAGCAGUGGAUACGAGCAAAGUACGAGCGCAAAGAAUUCCUCUCGGAGAGCCACCCUGCCUAUCUUUGCGGAGCACGGAGCGGGCUGCUGUACAAGAAAGGCAAAGGUCGCAACGAGUGGAAGCCACGUUGGUUUGUCAUGAAUCAGAAGGAAGGAUCGCUAUCCUACUUCAAGUCAAGAAGUUCG